AUGGAUCUCAGAGCAGCGUUUCCCCUUCUCCUGGUUCUGGGCCUCGGUUGUGCCGAACAGGGCGGCGAUCACGGCGGUGCAAAUGAAGAGGAUCUAACCACAGUUAUUAUGAAGAUGAACAAGGGGUCAGAUGGCUAUCUGCUGGAAGGAGAUAUGUUGAUCCAGACUCAAAGGAAUGCCAUACGGUGCAGCAAUCCAAGAUACAGCUGUCUCUGGCAAAAGGGCGCCAGCGGGUACGUGGAGGUCCCAUUCGAGAUCAGCGACGCUUACGACAACACCGACAGGAAUGCGAUUCUCGCCGCGAUGAACGAGUUCAAAGCCAAGACCUGCAUUCGCUUCGUUCCACGUCAGAGGGAGAUCGCGUACCUGAGCAUCGAACCGAGAGCCGGCUGUUUCUCGGGGGUGGGCCGCCUCGGGGACAAGCAGGUGGUGUCACUGCAGCGGUUCGGCUGCGUGCAAAACGGCAUCAUCGAGCACGAGCUGCUGCACGCGCUGGGCUUCUACCACGAGCACACGCGCUUCGACCGCGACGAUUACGUCAGAAUCCAGUUCAACAACGUCCCUUCCUAUAUGCAGUACAACUUUGUAAAGCAGGAAUCCGACUAUCUCAACACUCCGUAUGAUUACUCAUCCGUGAUGCACUACGGAAAAACGGCCUUUGCAGACGCGGGAACAGAGUCCAUAAUCCCCAUCCCCGACUCCUCUGUUCCCAUCGGGCAGAGAGUGACUAUGUCCGACAUCGACAUUCUCCGGAUCAAGAGACUCUACAAGUGCUGA